GCGCUGUUAGUCCAGCUUUGAUGUAUCGUUGAAGCAGUGGUGAGUGCGCGGCUAGCGAUGGAUCAGCAAAGGUUGGAGAGAUCUAAUCCAGAACUGCAAUAACCAUGGUAAAACAGGUGUGCAGUGCUUACAAAUUUAUGAAUUUAUAGUAUUGUUUUCGCCGAGUACGGAUAUUUUUUAACUCGUGAAUAGAAAUUUCAGCAGGUUAUUUGUUGGAGUAUAUCACUAGCACACCUUCCCAGGAGUUGGGGAACUUUUGGAAUAUGGUGGUCAACUUGAACAGCAUGUCGAUUGUCCCAAUUGUGUUCUUGGGGGUCACGAUUCUUGUGAUAUUAGUUUGCAAUGUCUGGUUUCUGCGGAGGAUUUCUAAAAAUGAACACCAGUGCAAUCGGACACUGCUUUGGCUUGGGAAAUUUAUUACUGUGCAGAGUUUUCUUGGUGGUAUAUUCGUGACCGGGAUUCACAUGUCAAGCUUGAUUGCAGGUGAAUGGAUUUUCUCAGAAGGUGUGUGUCAAGUAUAUGGAGUGAUCACGCACACGUGGCUCGCCUCAGGAGUAUGGACCCUUGUCAUCGCAAACCUGGAACGGGUCUCCGAAGUGACAAGUUUUGUAGACCAUGCUGUAACUUUCUCAGUAAACAACAUAAAGCUGCUGGUUCUUGGGAUGUUCAUGAUAAAUGCUAUGAUCUGCUGUUUUCCACUAUUUGGGAUGGCCGAGUACACGACAUACAGAGGUAAAGUGUCCUUAUACAUCAACAUCACCAACACGUCCUUCGACAACACCACAAAAGAGGAGAUGACCAGUAUUUAUGGGAAAUUCAUCAAUUUGAAACUACUGCCAAGUCUGAACACAUUCUUCGAAGAGUAUGCAGCAAGGAAAACAAGAAAUUAG